CUCUAGCCCGACUCUGACCCUCGGUGGAAACGUAGUCAUAGGUAAAGAUCAAAGGCCUAUUGCUACACUGGUGCAAUAAAUUGGAGUAGGUAUAUUUUUCUCAGUCUAAUAGCUUACUACACUAGUUCACCAGUGCGGGAACAGGAAACAAACCUCUUGCUGUACUGGGGAAUUCCGAGGAUUUCUCAUUGCCCGAUAAACCAGUAAUUUUUUUUCACCGAAGAUAAGACGCACGUCGGUGGAUCGCGAGUAAGAUAAAGAUGGACCGUAAGGGAGGAGUGGUGAAAAGAAUGCGACCGAAGAAUCGCUUGACGGCGAAGAGUAUGCUGAGCAAAUUGGUUGAGUGCUCGGUGUGUCUGGAGCAGCUGAGCCCGUUUAACAAGAUGCUGCCGUGCCAGCACACGUUCUGCGAGAAGUGCUUGGAGAUGAUUGUUAGCACCUCUCAUAAGUUACGCUGUCCGAUGUGCCGCGUUCUCGUCAAGGCUAAGGUGGAUGACCUGCCACGGAACAUGUGGCUGUCUGGUAUGCUUGAAGUAGUGUGCAACGUGACGGCAAAGAACCAAACUAACUUGGCGGGGCCAUCGUCGGAGUCCUCAGACGGCAUCUCUGCAGCGCAACAGGCACAGUCGACAUCAAGCCUGGCUCAACCUCAAUCGGGUGCGCUGACUGAAGGGCAGUCAAGUUUGCAGCAAGCUACGCAAGGACAAAUGACUGGUACUGGCGCUCCAACGGGUAAUUCUGCGCAAGCACCCGCGAUACAAAAAAAAAAAUCAGCUAAAUCUCAGUCCAACCACGAGGAAGAUUCGUGA